GUGAAGUUAAUCAUGUUAUUUUGGCACUUUCUUACGUUUAAGAAAAUACAAGUUGAAUUACGUUGCAAAUUUCGUCAAAUGCGAAACAUGGGAAUAACUUCUGGAGACAUUCCAAUCAGGACAGUUACCUAUGGCGAAGCCAAAGAAUAUGAGACUUGGAUGAACGCGGCAAAAAUUUUAAGAAAAGAACUUGAGAAGAUUGUGGAGAUUGGAACCGUCGCGGGAGGGCUGCAAGAUAUGAAAAAUGAUAAUAUGGAAAUCGAUGAGCCAUAUAGGGAGUAUGACAAAUUAACUAAAGAACUUGAGAGAUCUCGUAAAAGAAUCAAAUCCUUGAAGAGAGAAAAAGAAUUAUUGUUAGAUCGCAUUAGCCAAUACGAAAAUUCCGAUAGCUCUGAUUCUGAAAAAUCUGUUGAUCUCUCUUCAGAUGCUACAUCAGACUCAGAUGGUUCAUCCACACAACUUUCUCAAGCUUCUUCCGUUCGUCAAAUCAAAAAAGCACGUGGUCGUCUUACUAAUAAGAAGCUAUCCCCUCCAACGCCUGCUAAUAACAUUGUUAAUUCUGUCCCUAUUACUCAUACUUCUGGCAAGGUCCCUAAAAAACGCGCAAGCAAACGUCCAUUGAAUGCAAAGACGAUGAAGGUUCAACACGUUGAGCAAGAUGAAAAAGGCAAUUAUAAACUCCCCGUUCAAAUCGGUAUAUUGACCGUUUUAAAUCUCGGUACAGUAGUUUAUGAUCGUGAUACUUUCCACAACGAAAGAUACAUUUGGCCUGUUGGAUAUGCUGUCAAGAGGGCUUAUAAUAGUAUGAUUAAUCCGAAUGCUCAGACGAUGUACGUUUGCAAAAUUGAAGAUGGUACCGAAAACCCCAAAUUUGUUAUUGAAGCAGAAGAUCAGCCUAACAAACCAAUCAUCGCUAAUACGGCGACUGGCGCCUGGACGACGGUUGUCCGUGAAGCAAACGCAAUUCGUCAACGUGAUCACUCAAAUUCAGCUUCUGGACCUGAUUAUUUCGGUUUUUCGCAAGCCACGAUUAGAAAAAUGAUACAAGAUUUGCCAAAUGCUCAGAGAUGCAAAAAUUAUGUGAUGCAAAACUUCGAGGUCAUGAAAAACAGAGUCGCCGGUGGACGACGCCGAGGUGCAGGAACUCGAGCAAACGGAAAUGUUAGAAAUGGUACUGUCGGUUCACCUGCUUCUGCUAUUGCACAGUCGCGUGAGGAGAAUGGUGUUGAAACUGCCAGUAGUGGGGACGUAGUAAUGUCCAACUCAGCAGAGGGGGAGGAAAGCGAAGAAUAA